GCAGACGACAAGGUUCCUACAUGUAAACUAAGGAUGUUUUUCUGUUUUUCGCGUACAUAACUUAUUAGAAUGACUGUAAGAAUGCUAUUUCUGAGUUUUAAAGUCUUUGGGUAAUUAGUUUUACAAUGGUGUCGACUAUACCAGUUGCUUCAACUGUGUCUAUUUUUAAAACAAAUGAGGAUUCUAAAGAACGUAUAUUGUUUACACUACAAAUUGCUGUGAAACAGAUUCAACAUUUUUUUAGUUUGCAAAAUGAAGAGGAUGUCUUAUCUGUUGAAGUACAUGAAGUUAAACAGCUUUGUGAAAGUCUUGACACUGCUCUCUUUCAUGGCUUGAAGUCUUUUGAUAAAGGCUAUUGGCGUUUUGUAAAGGAAUUCACUCAUAAGAACACCGUAAAAUUCCUGGAAAAAUUAGAAAAUAUUGAUACAGAUAUACAAUGUGGAAGGGCAUGGCUAUGUUUAGCUCUAAACGAAUCCAGUUUAGAGAGCUAUUUUCGUUCAUUCCUGCAAAAUACCAAGCUUAUCAAAAAGUAUUAUGACUCACCUGCACUACUAUGUGAUGAACAGAGAAUGCAGUUAGUUUUGAUGUUAGCAGCUGGCUUGGAAUUUAUACCCAUCAGUUUAAAUGUGGAAGAAAUCAGUUAUGGAUGUGGCCUGUCGUUUUUUGAAAAAUUUUCUAAUUCUCUACCAGUUGAAACAGAACCAUCAAACUACUGCAUGAAAGAACUUACCAAAUCAAGUGUUCAAGAAUCUGUUCCAUUUGAUGGUGCUGAAGAAGUUACCGGUGACUUUACAGUUACUACAGAAACAAAAAAUGUUGAGUGUAAGACGCCUGUGUUGAAUGUGGUUAAUUUAUUGCACAAAUUGGAUUCUGUUGAAAAGAACAUCGGCUGUAAAGAUGAGGACUUGGAAAGGAUAUCCCACUAUAUUAACAUAGAUGCAGACACUGCAAAAGUAGAUGGAGAUUUAGAAGUUAUCCGAUCCAAAGUGGUGAGGAGAACGAAAAGAUCUGUCGGCUCUAAAGACGUUCCAAAUGAUGGCAACGAAGCACAAAACUGUUGCAGUGACUUGAACAUUCAACCAAAUGGAUCUGAUAAUUCUCGAGAAAACCGCUUGAGUAAGGCCACAACAGAUUCCGGACUUUAUCUUGAAACCCCUUGUUCAUCGGACAGCGAAUGUGUAGAACUUUCGGACGAAGUGAACAGCACCCAGGACUUCACCAGAACUUUUGAAAGUGCCCAGUUUCACCAGGACAUAAAUAUCACCUUCUCGGUCCCACCCAAAAGUAUUAAGGAUUUGAGUGAGGAUAUUGUUGAAAAGAGAGGGAAUCCUGAAGGUCAGGAAGACCCCAAAACUGGUUCAGGUAGUCAAUGUGAUGUUUCUGUUCGUUUGCCGUUGUUGCCUGGAAAUGAUGGGAUGGAUGACAAGAGUGAAGAAGAGGAAGAGGAAGUGUCAAUAUAUGAUCUAUGCAAGCCCUCAUACUUAGACAAAAGUGAAGCAAAUGAUUCUCAGUCACCUAAGUCUCAUCAACAAGAAACAGCAAAAGAUAUUCUACUCUCUUGUGUGAAAAAACAGAACUAUGUUGACGAUGUUUCCGAUGAAAUAGCCAAGCUACUAAAUGAAAAGUCUGAAAGUCUGGAUUUCAGAGUUGGCAACAAUGUUCUUCUUUAUUUCCUCGUAGAAAUAUACGAACAUGAAGAAGAAAAUUUUUACAAACUCUAUGGCGGAUUUUUAAACUUCUCUGAAGGUUCAUAUCAAAAGGUGUAUUUUUUGCUUUCAAACAAAAGCAUUUAUUUUCUGAAAGCAGGAAAUAGCCAACAGAAGUUUUUCAAAUAUUGUAGCCUCCGUUAUAGUAGCAUAGAUUACAUUACUGUGGAUUUGAAUUACCAAGGAUUUAAAAUUAUUUCUGGGAAUAAAGAUCAUUUUCAUCUGGACACAGCUGAUGAAGAAUUAACUAGAAACAUUUUAUCAAGUUUAGAAAUAGGAAUAAGAAGAUUUAUUCCUAGAUUGCCUCUUCCUUCAGUUUAUACAGAUUCUACUUCCCGAACUAUUGUGCUAAAAAAGUUUUUGUCUUCAGUUUUAAAUUAUGAGCAAUCUGAAGUACAAGUACAACAUUAUGCACUAGCUCGAUGGGAAGAUUACACUUCAUCCAGCAUUACUCCUUCAGGUCCCAUCUAUCAAGAUUAUCUUAUGUACAGGCACAAGUUUGUUGAUGAGAAUAAGACAACACCAUGGCAACCAGGAUAUUUCCUUUUGAAGGCUGGUGUACUAUAUUGCAUGGAAGAUGAAAAAAGCAAACCUUCAUUUUUUAUUCAGAUGUGUACACCUCAUUGUCAAGGCUGUCGAAGAAUACAUCUUUUAAAUCGUCCCAAUGCUUUUGAAAUCAUUCGGUCCAACAGUUAUUCAUUGCAGUUGGCUGCUGCUGAUUCUUAUGAAGCAUCAAAAUGGUUGCAAUGCUUCUUAGAAACUGUAUCACUGGCUGGGCAUUUUAUUGACACAGAAAAGAAUGUUCAGAAAGCCAGCUGUAUCCUUUUUUCAAAUGAUACAAUUAUAAUAGCUCAGGAAAUCUACCGCAAAUGCACAUUUAGACUCCUUGGAAAAGCCAAACUUUCAGAUUUAGUUACAGUGUUUGUAGAUCCUCUUGCAGACACUUGCUUGAUGCUGGAAUUUGAAAUAGCUGAGGCUACGAAAAGUUGCGGUGAAUGGAUCAUUUACUUUGAAUCAGUACUUGAAAAGGAAAAGUUUAUGGAUGUCAUUCGCCAACGGUGGAGUGAAAUUUUUCAGGUUUCUCUUAGUGUAGAGGUUAUUAAAGAUUUAUUUUUGCUGAAGAAAUGCCGUUUGAUUGCAGAGGAUUGGAAAGCAGACAAAUCCCAUUUUCGUGAUUAUUGUUCUGAUGAUUAACUGCUGUAUUUAAAGUGUACUUGAUGGCUUUUUAAUGUACCAAAGACUGUGUGAUAUUCUUAUACCUAUAAACUAUGCAUUGUGUUACUCUGGAGAGCGUUUCCUAAUAUUAGACAUGUCUAAAUCAUUUACUGGGGUAGCUUAUAAAGUAGCAAAUUCAAAGCAGCUUACUAUAAAAAAUUAAUUAUGUUAUAAUGCUUAUAGUAUUAUAUUUAAACUAUUUUAAACUUCAUAUAUUCAGAGCUUUAUCUGUUUUUGCUCAUUUUCCUCAGUAAGUGAUGUUUGUGUUAAUUUAAAAUACCUAACCACAGUUGUUUCUUUUUUUUUAGAAUGUGUAUCUAAGGCUUAUAUAUUUGUGAUGCUUACUUUUAAUGUCCGUUUUUCAAAGUUUCUUUUGUAAUUAUAUCAUAUAUUUCAUUUGUGUUUUAAUUUUUGUUACUACUUGUAAUUUUAGAUUUGUUUUUUUGAAUUUUUGUACAUAAUAUUUGGCUGGUUUUCCCAAAAAUUUCAAUGUUUUUCAAAAACAUAGCUUUUUUCUUCUAGAUUUCAUUUCUUUGUUUUCUCCUGUUUUACAGUUCAGAAUUUACCAAUGGGUUAAUUAGCAAACGUUGCUUUCUUAUAGAUAUAACAAUUAUUAAAAAUUGUACUUGAUUAUUUAAAUGACAUUUUUUGUGUAUUUCAGACUAUUUAAACAGUUAAUCCACUUUCAAAUACUAAAUGAAAUCAAUCUGGAUAAUGCAUUUGUAAAAUUUUUGCAUUUAAAAUAAUAAUGAUAAAGGUGUCGUACAAAAUGUACUCGGUUUUUGCUUGAUAUACAGCCAAUUUAUUGAAAGAAUCAGUAUCAAUGAAGUCAAAAAAUUUUUGAUUGAAAAAACAAACAAAAACAAAUAGGGAUUUUUGAAGAUAGCAAAUUAUAACAGAACCCUUGUCUGCUUUAUGCUGCACACAUAAAGGCGGGGGGAGUCUGUGAAGAGUGCUUAAAACUGUUUUUUAGUAAAUUUUGUAAACUUUUUCUUUUUUUGGUUAAAAAAAAUCUUAAAUCAAGAAAACGGGUAUCUUUUACCAUAUUUAAUGAAUUUUUUCAACAAAAAGAAACCAUUCAUGACUCAGAGAAGUCUAAUUUUAUAAAAAAAACUGUAAUAUA